AGGAUCGGCAACAGUGCGUACACUGUUUUUCUCGUCAAAACGAUAUUAUUAGAUAGUAACCAAUAAUCAUUAAGUAGAUGGUUUACUGUAGUAGAUAACGGACCACGGUGUCAAGUUCAUGGUGUUUAUCAAAGACAAUCAAAGUGUAUGACUUCAUGAUGGUCUUAACCCAAGAAGUGAUCCGCCAGUUACUCGCACAGACGUUCAUCCUCUUGGUAAUACCAAAUUUGGCGUUUGGGAGUCGCAUUCUGGCGUACGUUGUUACGCCCUCCUACAGUCAUCAGGUAGUGUUUCGCCCUCUAUGGCGAGAGUUGUCCUUACGAGGACACAACGUCACUUUAUUAACGACGCACCCAAUGAACGAUCCAGCCCUAACCAACUUAACUGAAAUUGACCUGAGUUCGAGUUACGAAGUAAUGAGCAGAGGUCUCUCAAAGGUUUUAACUUCGGAAGUUAACCCGUUUACGUCUAUGCGCAUCUAUAUCGAUACGUUCAACGAUGUGAUGGACCACCAGAUGCGUCAUCCUUUCGUACAAGACUUGCUGAACAACCCCUCGAUGGAGUUCGACGUGUUUCUGUUGGAGUCCAUGAUGGCGCCCGCCGUUGCCUUUGCGAAACGGUUUGAGUGCCCUCUUGUCGGGUUUACCUCGUUGCCUGCCAUAGAAACCUUAAACAAUUACAUGGGGGUGCCAACGCACCCCGUUUUGUAUCCGGAUGUACUGUUGCCAUUUGACAAAGCCGAAACACUACCAGAACGUGUAAUUUCCCUUGUGUACCAACUCUUUAUGCAACUGGUAACUGAUUUCUACGUACAUCCAAUACAAAACGUGGCAAUCGAGAGAUACUUUGGGAAGGGCUACGGGACCGUACAUGAACAUGUCGCAAACACCAGCUUGAUGAUUGUGAACACGAAUUCGGUUUUGGGCCGUUCACGUCCUAUGGUGCCGACCGUAGUUCAAGUUGGGGGUAUUAACAGGGCUCCACCGAAACCUUUAGCAGAGGUACAUGAAAGUCACGUGUGCAGUUUGAUCAUCCCUCACUUACAGCUACUGAAAACAAUCCUCGACACCUCCACGGACGGCUUUAUCUACUUCAGCUUAGGUUCGAACGUGAAAAGCAAAGACCUCCCACCACAAACGAGGGAGGUGCUCUUGGAGGCAUUUGCCGAGCUUCCCUAUCGGAUACUGUGGAAGUUUGAGCUAGACGAUCUGCCGAAGAAACCGGAGAACGUAAUCAUUUCGAGGUGGUUUCCCCAAACCGACGUUUUGAAGCAUCCCAACAUAAAACUGUUCAUAACACAGGGAGGCUUACAGUCGAUGGAGGAGGCCAUCUUUGAAGGGGUGCCGAUGGUAGGUAUGCCGGUGUUCGCCGACCAGCCGGGGAACGUACAGAAAAUGGUGCGAAAAGGGUUCGGACUUUACGUAAAUAUUUGGGGUUUGGAAAAGGGGGCACUCAAGCAGGCGGUCGUGGAGGUAAUCGAAAAUCCAACGUACAGGUCAAAGGUACGGGAGGCCUCCCGUUUGGCUCUAGAUCAACCGAUUGGAGCAUUGGAGCUGGCUGUGUGGUGGGUGGAGUACGUCAUACGGCAUAAGGGAGCAACACAUUUUCAAAGCCCCUUGAGGCAUAUUUCUUGGUGUCAGUACCUACUUUUGGACGUAAUUGCGGUUCUACUUUUAGUAAUUGUACUAUUCCUAACUGUCACUUAUAUAUCCAUACGAAUUAUUACCAAGUACAUUCGAAAAGUCUUGUUUCAACCUAAAUUUAAGUCAGAAUAGUCAGACGAAUUAAUUCUUUAAUAUGACAGUAAAAUUAAGGGAUGUUUUGAUGGGUGUUUGUGAUAUGGAAUAAAAUCUAGCUUUUCUUA